UAUGCUCUGGGAGAGAGAGAGAGUGUGUGGAAGAUUUCAUCCGGUGUCUGACGGCUUCGAAACACGGUACGCGUAUACAUAAAUUGGUUGUCUUUGGGUGAUGUUGCUUUCGCCGCCUGACUGUAGCUUACUGGAAGUGGUUCCUGCAGGGUAGAUAAUGGAGGUUUCUCAAACUGUGUGAGUGAGAGAAGCCAGUGCGACGGAGUUUCAGGAACGCGAAAAAGGGAUGUUUUGUUGCUGCGGAAGGGAUGUAUCGCAGGGAUGCACUCGUGCUCGGAACUGCUGUGGGUGUGAGCAGGAAAGCAGCUGCCUCCCGCCGAUGGGUGUGAGGAUGUGAAGAGCAACAACAUUACUCAUUCUCGAGCCCAUCGCCGCGCAAUGAUUGAAUUUAUCAAGUGCCAUAUGGGGAGAGAGAGAGAGAGUGUGUGCAGCAGUUUUGGUUGGACUGAAUUGGAAAUGGAAGCGUGCGACCGACCAGUAUCACUACAAACUUUGAUAGAGGCGUACACACAGAGCAUGUGAUGACAGUGGGGUCUUGACUUUCCAUGAUCCAUCAGCAGUUCCACAGUAGCGCUUUGUGGCGUCGGUUCGCGAUUUUCUCUCCAACGUGCGUUUGUUUGUUUGCCCCCUUUUGAUAGGAGGGACGAGAUUUGUACAACCGGGAGUGACUUUGUGAUUUAAUGUGAUUUUAGCGCUUAGCGGGUUCACAGGUGUGCGAUAAUUACCUCGCCCUUUUCGGAAUGAAUCGUUGAUGUUGAUGUUUGAUGUGCGGAUUGAAUGUACGUAUGAUAGAAGAAACACACACAAAAGAGGGAUUUGUGGAUUGUGGAGGUUAGUUGAACCUUUGUCCAAGGACUCUCGCAGCGAAAGCUAGAAUACAAGCAACCAUGAUGGAAGUGAGUGAAGUUCCGCAGCACCAGCAGCAGCAACAACAGCAGCAGCAACAACAGCAGCAGCAAUCGCAGCUUCCGCUGGAUUUUAGUGUCACCAUGGUUAACAUCAAGCUGAACAAUGUGAACGUAAAUUUGAACACCAACAAUAAUAGUAUAAAUAUUCUGAAUAAUAACAACAAUAAUCACGCCGUCGGUUUAAUUAAUGAUGCCGGAAGUGGUCAUUCGGAUGCGAUGGGAUCAUUGUUAGCAGUGCAUCAGCAACAGCAACAGCAGCAGUUGAACGGUAGUGGAAACGGUGGCAGCAGUAGUAAUGGCGGUGGAAACAGUUCCGCUGCACUGACAAGCGCGUUCAAGGUGGUGAUGCCACGGGGGAAGGCCGACGUGGCUGCCAACGGUUUGUCUCCGCUACUGAUCAACAACGAGCUGUUGGUGAACCACUAUCGACGACUACUUCAUCCAGCGGCAGUUCCUCGGGUUCCCAAUGGCGUAAACACCACCACCUUGAAUUACGAGGAUUCAGUGGACGUGCAGAAAGUUAACAGAGAUGAAAUCAAAUUCGGCAUUAGCCGGCUGGUCAAGAACGAAUCGGAGGACGAGGACAAUAACAACGUGUACCACCAGCCGAACCACGUGACGAUCCACGCCUCCAACGGGUACGAUUCGAGCAAUCUGAGCACGAGAUCGCGAUCGCGAAGCAGGUCGCGGUCGAGGGACCGAUCGACCCGUUCGCGAUCCUCCUCGAUAGAGCUGGAGGUGGACUCGCCGCCUCCCCCGCGGAUUAGCGUGUCUCCGACGACGGAUAUCCCCCACAUACCGAAGAAUUCGGAGGCCUUCUCGGUGUCGGCCCUGCUGAAGCGUGAGAGUGAACCCAAAUCCAAGUCGCCUUUGUCCAAUAGCUCCUUUGAGUGCGUGAGGCCAAGCUACUCCCAGUUCUACGAGCAAAGUAUACUCAACCGACCACUGUUCCACCCGUUCCCGUUCUUCGCCAUGCUCCAGCAGCAGGGUCACCAGCUAAAUCCAGCCUUAAGCAACCUUUCCCGCAGCUAUCAUCCCUCGUCGCCGGAGGAUAUUCUUCGGUUGCGGCAUUUCAUGGCUCAGAAUGCGGCCGCCGCUGGUGCCGUGGUGGCGAACGGAGCCGCCGGUGGUGGUGGUGGCGGAAAUGGUCCUGUCGCAGCCCACCUAGACUUUGGUCACCCGCAUCACCCCCACCAUCUCCUGAUGCGACCAGAAGUGCACGCGCGGAGAUCGCACAACGGCAAACGACCGUACGCCUGUGAGCUGUGCAACAAAACCUUCGGUCACGAAAUUAGUUUAAGUCAACAUAGAGCUGUGCAUAGUGUAGAGAAAGUGUUCGAGUGUAAGCAGUGCGGGAAGGCCUUCAAGCGAUCGAGUACCCUGUCGACUCAUCUGCUGAUCCACAGCGAUACCCGGCCCUAUCCGUGUGGGUUCUGUGGGAAGCGAUUUCACCAGAAGAGCGACAUGAAGAAGCACACCUACAUCCAUACCGGCGAGAAACCCCACAAAUGCCAGGUAUGCGGUAAGGCGUUCAGCCAGAGCUCGAAUCUGAUAACCCACUCGCGGAAGCACACCGGCUACAAACCGUUCCAGUGUGAGCUCUGCCACAAAGCAUUCCAGCGCAAGGUGGACCUCCGGCGUCACAAGGAAACCCAGCACACCGAAAUCCGGACGAUGGUCAACUAACCAAAGGCCCUCUCGGAAUUCACCAUCUGCUCCCCGUCGCUCGCUCGACCCCCACCGAGGGGAAUUCCGGCGCUGCCCAAUGGCAGUGGUAGUGGCGGCACCGGUAGUGGGAUCGAGUCCGGUCCCCUCAUUCCGGCUUCCUUUGCCAGCGAUGGUGAAUUCAUCGUAAUUGACUGAUUCCAACAAACAAACAGAAAAGCCGUGCACCCAAAACCAGCGGUAGGCUAAGGCGCAAAUCAAACUUUUAGUGUAGAGCAAAUCCUAUGUGUUGAAUGUAAAGCGAUGUACAUAAUUUAGGGUAAAAGUCUAGACGAAUAUAUAAUUUUCCUCAGUUAGGUUCUCAACACUCAUGUGUGUAAAUAUUCUCUUUGACCGUGUACUGUUAGCACUUCUAGCUAGGGAAUUUUUAUUAUUAUUCAAUUUCGAACCAAAAAUUAGUCUUCUCACACAGUCUGAGAUUUGUAAAAUUGUGAAUAAAGUCUCGAGAUGUAUAGAAACGUCACGCCAAAAAAUCUUACUUUCAACCCCAAUACUGUAAAAACAGAACGCGUUGAACCAUAUCCAAUCUGACCAUGUUGUAAACGAUAAUGAUUAAUGCAACGACAGAAUGAAAGCGGAGAAUAAAAACAUUAA